AUGGUUAUCGACGGCUCCAUGGAGCAGGAGAUGUCCUUCGGCAACCCCCAGUGGUACCUUCCUGCCGCCAACUUCGUCCGCGAUUUCGCGUACAAUGGGGUCUCGGUCCGCGCGAUCUUCUACGACGAGAACCCCUGGAUUGCGAGCUACGCCGGCAAGAACCCGCCCAAGUACAACAAGCAGUGGUACACCUCCCACAGCAACCAGGUGUACGCCGAUGCCGUUGUCGCAUUCGUCGAGAACGCCCUGAAGACGUCCACCGCCACCCACACUUUCAUCGUCAGCCACUACCCUCUCUUCGGAACCGCCGUCGAGUAUGGCCGUACCCCGUCUGCCGGGCUCUUCAACGUGUUCCCCCGGAUCGUGGCUCUGAUCAACCAGUACAAGCCGGUCGCCUUUUUCAACGGCCACGACCACAUCAUGACCCUGGCCAACCCCGGUAACUUCAGCAACGGCUUCACCAGCUACGUUACAACCGGGGCCGGCUCCCAGCACGGCUACUCCGACUUCUGCGGGCCCAACAAGAUCUACUCCAACGGGGGGGACGGCGGGUUCGUCAUCGUGGAGGCGACCAGCGCCACCUUCACGAUCAAGUAUUACACGACCGGCCCUGCGAUUGGUCAGAUCACGACGGAGGCCGCCCAGUGCACCGUGACGUCAGACGCCACCAGCAAGACCACGACCGUUGGCGACGAUUGCGUCGCCAACACCGCCAAAGCGCCCGCGGACGGUAGCAGCUGCAGUUAA